AUGUCGGUGGAUAUCUUAAUAAAGUGUCUUUCAACUUUUGGUGCCAUGUCGGGUCUCAAUAUAAAUGUUGGGAAAUCUUGUCUCUACACAGCGGGUAUUCAUGGUCAAGAAUUGGAGGAUAUCCUUGCACUAACUAAUCUUCCAGUUGGUACCAUGCCAUUUCAGUAUUUGGGCAUCCCACUUGCGGCUGAAAAACUGAAAGUGAGUUCUUAUGAUUCUUUCACCAAUAAAAUUUCUACUUAUAUUGGUGCAUGGUCGACUUCUUCUUUGUCAUAUGUGGGUAGAGCAGAAUUUGUAAGAGCCGUUCUACAAGGAGUGGAAUGUUUCUGGUUAUCCAUUUUCCCCAUCCCGGCUACGGUUACUUCAAAGAUUAUUAGUCUUUGCCGAAGGUUCCUAUGGGGAUCCAAAAAAUCGUUGGUUGCUUGGAAUCAAAUUUGCCUACCUAAGCAUGAGGGUGGGCUUGGUUUUAGAGAUAUCAAAAGUUGGAAUGCCGCACUCCUUUCUAAAACUCUUUGCAACAUUCAUAGCAAAAAGGAUUGUUUAUGGAUUAAAUGGAUAAAUGAAGUACAUCUUCGAGGCUCGGACAUUUGGAAGUAUAAAGUGAGAAAAGGUGAUUCUCCACUACUUAAAAGGCUUCUGGAAAUAAGAGACACUGUUCGGGGUAAACUACAGACAAAGGACAGAUUAUGGUAUCUCCAGAUCGACCGAAAGUGCCCAUUCUGUGCACUCACGGAUGAAUCUACCCAGCACCUAUUCUUUUCAUGCCGAUUUUGUAGAGAAGUUUGGGAUCAUAUCCGGGAUUGGUUGGCUAUUCGGCGUAGCAUGUCCACCUUGUUGAGCUCAUUAAAAUGGAUGAAAAAGGAAGCUCGAGGUAAGAGUUGGCCUAGUAGAGCAAAACGUAUUGCACUUGCAACAACCGUGUACUACAUUUGGAUGGAAAGGAAUAAAUGUAUUUUUGAAGGUAUCAAGCCGCAAGUUGAAUCCAUUGGCUUUAAACCUUUGUUGGCACAUCUCUUUUCAUUUGCUCGCUCCCGGGUAUGCCCGGAGUAA